UGGCAAAGUUAUUGCUCUUCGCAGACGAGGAAAUGGAUGAGGAUGUCGACAUUGCUGUUACUCUUCUUUCUACUCGCGGUUCCUGUAGUGAAUUGUUUAAACGGCGGAAAAGUGAAGGUGCUUAUAAUGUUUUGAUAACGAAACACCUAAUAGACAAUGAGGUAAAAUUUAAGGAGUAUUUCAGACUCACACGGGACCAGUUCUUCUCUCUUCUGGGAUUGGUGAGAGAGGAAAUAACUGUGAAGCCGUAUAAUAGAGUAAUUGAACCCAUAACAGCAGAAAUGAAACUUGCCGUCACCCUAAGGUUUCUGGCUACGGGAGAAUCAUACCGAUCAUUGGCUUUCCAAUACAGAAUUUCUGCGUCUGCAAUAUCGAAUUUUGUCCCUGACGUUUUGAGAAUUAUCAAGGACAAAAUAGAACAUGUGCAUUUGCCACCACCAUCGGAGAUUGAUUGGAAACAGAAAGCCAAAGAAUUCUGGGACAACUGGGAUUUCCCAAAUUGUAUAUCUGCAAUAGACGGAAAACACGUGAGGAUAGUUGCACCAGCUCAUUCAGGAUCCCUUUUUCACAAUUUUAAGAAUUUUUUCUCCAUUGUAUUGUUUGCUAUGGCUGACGCAAACUGCAAAUUUGUACUGAUCGAUGUCGGAGCAUACGGCAAAGAAGGAAAUGCUGGAAUCUUUAAAAAGUCUAAAAUGGGGAAAUUGAUUCAAGGAGGAACUAUUUUCCCACCUCCUGAAAACCUACCUUCUUCUGAAAUUCAGCUACCAUUUGUUGUAGUAGGAGAUGAAGCAUUUAAACUGGAUAUUCAUGUCAUGAAACCCUACACGCACAAACAAGCAAUCGCAGAUGUUCAUAAACGACACUUUAACUACGCCACUUGUCGUGCUAGAAGAGUAACUGAAAAUGCAUUUGGUAUUUUGUGUCACAUUUUCAGAAUUUUUUUCACACCAAUAAACUUGAAACCAGAAACAGUCGACUUAGUCAUAUUCGUAAGUUGCUGUCUUCAUAACUGGAUCAGGGAUGACUUUAUUGCACGCAACCCCAAAGGACCAGUGACUCAUCCGCAGCACGAACUUCCUACACAAAAUAUGAUCCCUUUGGCUUAUGUCGGAGGCUAUGCUAAAGCAGAAGGGUUUAAAGUAAGAAGCAGUUUUACUGAUUACUUUAAUGGAGCUUACUACUCAAAUAAAAUGAACGCUCUGUAUCAGAAAAAAACUUUGUAAUGUGAGUAAACUUUGUAGCUUAGUAAUUAAGG